CUGUACGGAAGCUAAAAAACGAAUAACAUCAAAGAUGAGCCUAGCAGCUACCUGUUCAUCCAAAUAAAUAAAUAAAGGAAAAUAAUUUUUUCCGACCCUGGGAACAUUUAUUUUAAUUUAAUCGUCGUGUAAUCUUUUGUUUCCAUUAGUUUCGUUUAUAAGCGUUUUUAAAUUUUUUUUCACGUUUAAUAAAUAAAUAAAUUUGUUUUGAUUUAUUCGAUCUCUGUAAUUUCAUCCGUGACCGGAGAAGAUCACAAAUUCUUGUGGAAAAUCCGCUUUUAGCAUUUGUUUUGUUUGGUUGUGAAUGGAAAGAUAAUCGGGGUUGGAAUAAGGAAAGGUCAAACAUCAGUUUUAUUUUUUUUUUCCUGAAUUUCCAUUUCGGUCAAAGAAGAAAAAUGUUGUAUUUGAAGCAGCCAAGCUCCAUUAUUUGCAGGUACGAUUGUUGUUUGGCAAGAGCAAGGUAAAUUUUUGGAACAAGUUAUGCAAAUUUCUUUCAACGGAAACGAAGAAUAAUAGAAUUUCCGUCGUUAGUGCAUGCUAUUCUGAUAAAUUCCCUGAGCCUGGGGCUCGGGGAGAUCUGAAGCAAGAGAUUGAAAACGGACACCGAAGAAGCUUAUCAUGGAACCAAUUGCAGCAGAAAAUAAUAGUGAUAAUAUUAACAACAAGGAGAGCUCCUUCCAAUUUCAAACGUCUACCUAUAUGCAGAAAUUCAGACUCUAUGAAACUUUAUCGAAUUUUUAUAUGAUUGGAAGGAAUAAGAGUAGAACUUAUUGGAGAGUAUUAAAAAUUGACCGGCUUGAUCCUUCCGAGCUGAACAUUCGUGAAGAUUCUACCAUUUAUACUGAGAGUGAAUGUUCUGAGUUGCUGAGGCGAGUACAUGAAGGAAAUAUAUCCACUGGGGGAUUGAAAUUUGUUACUACUUGUUAUGGAAUUGUUGGAUUUAUUAAAUUUUUGGGACCUUACUACUUGCUGCUUAUUACGAAACGAAGAAGGAUUGGUGUGAUUUGUGGUCACAAUGUAUAUGCGGUUUUGAAGAGUGAGAUGAUUCCCCUCCCAAAUUCGACUGUUAACUCGAGUAUAAACGACAAGAAUGAGAUCAGAUACAAGAAGCUCCUGUGCUCAGUGGAUCUUACAAAGGACUUCUUCUUUAGCUAUUCAUACCAUGUUAUGCGUAGUCUCCAAAAGAACUUGUGCAAUAAUGACCCUGACCAAAUUCUUUAUGAGACCAUGUUUGUUUGGAAUGAGUUCUUGACUCGAGGGAUCCGCAAGCACCUCAAGAAUACUUUAUGGACAGUUGCAUUGGUGUAUGGCUUCUUUAAGCAGACCACACUUUCUGUAUCUGGACGGGAUUUGAAACUUACACUCAUUGCAAGGCGAUCCCGACACUAUGCAGGUACCAGGUAUUUGAAACGAGGAGUAAAUGAAAAAGGCAGAGUAGCUAAUGAUGUUGAGACAGAGCAGAUUGUCUUUGAGGAUGUCUCUGAUGGGCUUCCCACACAAAUAACUUCAAUUGUCCAGAAUAGAGGCUCAAUCCCACUCUUUUGGUCACAAGAAACUUCACGAUUGAAUAUUAAACCAGAUAUUAUAUUGUCAAAGAAGGACCAAAAUUAUGAAGCAACCAGACUUCAUUUUGAAAAUCUUGUUGAGAGAUAUGGCAAUCCUAUAAUUAUUUUGAAUUUGAUUAAGACACAAGAAAAGAAGCCUCGAGAGUCAAUUCUUCGUCAAGAAUUUGCGCAUGUGAUUGAUUUUAUCAAUAAAGAUAUGUCGGAAGAGACUUGUUUGAGGUUCCUUCAUUGGGAUCUACACAAACAUUUUCGGAGCCAAGCGACAAAUGUUUUGCUACUUUUGGGUAAAGUGGCUGCAUAUGCAUUAACACUAACAGGUUCCUUUUAUUGCCGGGUGACGUCGACCAUGAGACCUGACGAGUGUACGGCUUGGCCUUCCUCUAAGAAUAUUGAUGAUGGUGACAUGUCACCCCCAAAAUACUGUGACAAUGUUAACGAGGGUGCUUACAGAUUGGAGGGGAAUCAUUCUGGUGAUAAUAAUACUGCUAAUGGAAAUCAUUCUGUCAAGCCUCCCACUUUCCAAAGAGGUGUGCUUAGGACCAACUGCAUAGAUUGUCUGGAUCGCACUAAUGUUGCGCAAUAUGCAUAUGGAUUGGCUGCUCUUGGGUAUCAGCUUAAUACUUUAGGCGUUAAAGAUACCCCGAAGAUAGACCUUGACGAUCCUUUGGCAGAUGAAUUAAUGGUUUUUUAUGAGAGAAUGGGUGACACACUUGCACACCAAUACAGUGGUUCUGCAGCUCACAAUAAGGUAUUCUCAGAGAGACGGGGUCAGUGGAGAGCAGCAACCCAGUCCCAGGAGUUCUUUAGAACUCUUCAAAGAUAUUAUAGCAAUGCAUAUAUGGAUGCACAGAAACAAGAUGCAAUUAAUUUAUUCCUCGGGAAUUUCCAACCCCAGCCUGGAAAACCUGCUCUUUGGGAAUUGGAUUCAAAUCAGCAUUACGGGUCAUUUUUUCCAAGAUCUCUUUCUGAUGGAAGCAUUCUUCGUCAAAGUGAGUCGCCUAUGUCAGCCAGGAAUGACAAGCAAGAGAAACUUACCAACUCAACUUUGCCUAAUCGAUCACAAGGAGCAAGUAAUGGCCAUUCAGAGUCAUCACCUGAGAUUUCAACUUGUGGAAGAGAUAUAUCAUAUUCAAGGUAUACGCCCUCAAUGCCCCAAAGGCAGCUGUUCGGACAGGUGCAAAUCGAUCGCUCCCUUGGAUCUGACAAUAUUUGCUCCGAACAUGGGGAUGGAUUCAGCUUUUCUAACUUUGUUGACAUAGACUGGCUUUCAUCUGCCGGAAAUUCAUGCGAUGGCGAACCAUUUGAGAGGUCACUAGUGCUCACAAGCUCUCUAGUUGAUGGCCGUUCAUCUGAAAAUGUUGUCAAUGGAAUAUUAGGCGAAACAACCCCAUCCACCUGUGAAAACGGAUCGAGUAUGAAGGAAACACAGCAGAAAGGAACCAAGCUAUCCUUUGCUGAUAUGCCAAAUUCCAAUGUUCCUGAGCAAUUAUCCGAUAGUUUUGUGCAGUGGGUAAAUGACGGACAGAUGCUUUGCCAUUAAAGUUUUGCUCGUUUUCGGUACCAAAAGUUGAGCGAGAAGCAGAACCAGCUAUUCGAGUACUCGGUACGUAAGAUAUCCUCCUCAAGCACUCAUUUUGGCCGCUCAUGUAUGUCUACAAACAUUAAUUCCUACAAAAGGAAAAGAGUAAAUAGUCAACAGUUAAAAAAGAAAUGCUUUCAGAAGCUCAUCCAUUCUUCUAAUUCCUUCUUAGGGUUUUUCAGUUUUGUAAAUAUAUAUUUUUUCCCCUUCGCUUUUCAAGGAGCUCCAAUUCUAGGAUUUCAGAUCAUUGAUUCUUUGUUUCCUUUUUCGGCUAUACCCCCAUGAAAACUAACAUUGCAGUUCAAAAAGGUGUUUGGAAGAACAAUUAUAGGUAGACCUGGCAAUUGGUGUAAUCGUGUCGUGUGUGUAUUUUGUUAUAUCAUAAUCAUGUUUAAGAUAUUUUAUAUUUAUAUAAAUUUUGAUAUUGAAACCUUAUAUAAAUUUUGAAA